AUAUUCUAGCUCUCGCCUCGCUCAGUCUCACACAGCUCCGUGCGCGCACCACACGACUUACGUCAUUACGUCAUGUGUAACGUUUGUACCCGCGAUGUGGCGCCGGCGAUCGAAACGCCGCCCGCCAAACCGAACCGCACGCUCGAACGCAUGAAGAGGAAGCACAACAUCACCACCGACCCUCAUGAUGAAGAACGCCAGAAGGAGGUCGCCUACCAGCCAGACCUGCUCGCAAUAUCCACACAGUACAGCAAAGUCGCUUACGAUCUCUUCAAGCAGGGAUUAGUCCGACUUCAGGAAACCAAGGCUUUCGUCAUAGCAACAAGGACGCCGCAGCCGCUGCAUAUUUCUCUGGCACUGCUGGUGAUAGCAGCAUGGCUUCUAAGGCCAGGCCCCGCUGCUAGCUUGCGUGGCUGGCGCGCGCUCUACGUCGCCGCCGUUGCCACGCAUCUCGGCGCGCAGAUAUGGAUGACACUUAUCUCUGGUGUCGUCCUAUACUUCUCGUUGCCCCGGCACGAGUUCGGCCGCGUACAGACGGUGCUGUUCCCCGUGUACUACGCGUUCAAUGCGGUGGUGAGCCUGCUGGCCGUUCUCGCCUACUUCCGCACACAGACCCUCACACACUUCCAGCACACCUCCUGGGUACAGUUAGCAUUGCUGCUAGCCGUAUUCAGUAUAGAAGCGUACGUGCGCCUGCGUCUCGUGCAGCCCAUGCUGCGCGCUAAGCACGUCAAGACACAGAUGGAAGAGGCAGCGGGGGGCGGACAAGAGGUCGGUCGCCUUGUCAUGGGCGAGCUGGCGCACUGUCCGCGCUACAUUCGCGUCUUGAAGACCUUCCGUACCUACCAUUCUACUAUCGCAAUGGGCACCAUGAUCGCCCUCGGCUGCUCCUGCUACUCCACCAUGAUCAUAGUAGACUCAAUGUGCCUGUAGAGCGCGACAACUAAACGAAACGUCCAAUGUUUUAUAUAUUUAAAUCUUUGACGUUUACUCUGUGUUGUCUAUGGAUGUUUUAGUUAAGGAAAAAUAACUCUAUAGUGUUAUUGUUUGUUUCUCAUUGUGCGAAAUGUACGAUGUAUGAUGUAUAAAUAUGACUUGGUUAUUUUUCUUUUAACGUUUUCAUCGAAGAUUAUAUUAUAUUUAUCUAUUAUUUGAUAUCUAGAUGUUACGGAAUUACUGGUGUAAAACAAUGUAAUUCUGUAACAUCACCAAAAUUAUCAAUUUAUUGUUUAGAUUCAACGCGUAUUUCAAAUGUAACAUUUCUGUAAAAUAGCUAAGGAUGGUGAGAUUGCAUUUGUAUUGCAGUUUAGUUCCAGUUCCGAUCCAGGCUGUGAAGUCUGUUCUAUUAUAUUUUAGCUAAAUAAUAGUUUUUCAACGUUUUCGAUAAGUGUGAUCUGCAGGCGCUGGUCGCGUGAAUAUUUCCGAAUGAAAUACGUGUUUUUCGAAGUAAAAAUUGUAUGAUUGUGUUAAUAAUUGACAUUUAAUGCACAUAAUAGAUAAUUUAUAUAACCUAUAAUAAUUCAAUAUUAAGUCCCUCGAAUUUGGGUAGUAUAAGGCAUAUAUAUUCUUGCCAAUAAUAGUAUCUACUCAUAACUUUUUGUAUUUUUAUAAUAUUACUUUGCAGCCGCAAUCCAUCGGUAAUUAAAGCUGCUUGGUUACAAAAACGUGACAAAUUCAUGUCGCCCGCUGUCAGAAUUCCUCCCAGGAAUGCCAUACAAUUUAGUCUUAAAGAUAGAUAUUAAGAAUUUAGAUAUUACGCCGAUAAGUAGAAGACUGGAAUAUACGAUUAUGGCAACACUAAAGCCACUUGUAACGCGUUCUGCGAAACCAAAGGAAUUGUUAGACGUCGUUAACUUUACGUCUCGCGUUUAAAUGAAACUCUCAAAGAUCUCGUUGAUUGCAUUCAUUGAUUGUUGGUAGUUUUAUUUCAUGAUUUUGCAGCAAGAUCUAGUCAGCAAUGAACGGAGAUUGGUCGUAAAGUCGCGAUAUGAUUCAGGAGAUAAUACGUACGAUCAAGCAGCUUGCAGUCGCGGAAGUAUUGUAUUAUAUAAAUUUAGCAAUAUUUAAUCACUAGUUAGUACUUUAUACCGAUGAUCUGAAUGUUAUCGUGUAAGAUAUCGUUAUUUAUUCGAGAGAAUGAUGAGAGUUUAAUUAAGAGUUUUAAAAUAAAUAACUGUAAUGAGUAAUAGA